GUCGUCCCCAACACCCAAGACGUGAGUAUGCCGACGUGUCUCGCCGGAAGCGUGCGAUGGAGGGCAGCUUGAGGAGGUCCGUGGAAAGCUAUCGAUCGCGGGAAGUGGACUUGAGCGAAGAGGAAUGCUUGGAGGUUGGGCGGGUGGAAAUGAAGUGGCUCGGAGAGCGAGAGCGAGAUCGAGAGGACGAGCAGGCGAGAUGACCAGGGAUGUUGUCUACAAAGAUACUGACUCUCUCAUACCACCAGCCCGGCAAACUCCCUACCUUCAAGAUGGCUUCCACCGGUGUCGAGCUCACCGUCCAGAGUGAGCGUGCUUUCCAAAAGCAGCCCAUCUACCAGAACAGCAAGGUGGCCCGCCAGACCACGCGCACCAAGAGGUGGUACAAGGACGUCGGUCUCGGCUUCAAGACGCCCCGUGCUGCCAUUGACGGCCAGUACAUUGACAAGAAGUGCCCUUGGACUGGUCAGGUGUCGGUCCGUGGCCGAAUUCUCACUGGCCGUGUCGUCUCGACGAAGAUGACCCGUACCAUCAUCAUCCGCCGAGAGUACCUGCACUACGUCCCCAAGUACAACCGUUACGAGCGAAGGCACUCGAAGCUCCCCGUUCACGUUAGCCCCGCCUUCCGUGUCGCUGUCGGUGACGAGGUCAUUGUUGGUCAGACGCGCCCUCUCUCCAAGACGAUCAGGUACAACCUCCUCCGCAUCUCGAGGUCGCAGGCCGAGAAGCAGGAGAAGGUCUUUGGAAAGUUCUAAGCUCGUCCCAUCGGACGAUGCUCUGAACCGAGAGAGGGGAGAUUAGGGACAAAAGCGGAGGAGAGAAGGACCCAAGGAAGUUUGACGGCCCGUCUUUCCUUCGUCAUUGCUGGAGCACGGCACCUUCUGUACACAUUAUCAUCAUUCGAGUCGACUCAACGGCUCUUGUUAUGCCACACAAAAUCUACAUCGCCAUGAUUUCGUCCUGCUUUCUGCUACUGGUGAAGACGGACACUAUUCGAUGGUGACGCUGGUAAUAAUUUGAAUUUCUUCCAUCUAUCGUAAAG